AUGUCGAAAAAUUAUACGAAAGAACAGCUUUUAAAAGCUGUAAAUAGUGGUUUUGAUUCACUAAAAGCAGCUACGAAACAUCCUGUUCCUGCAAGUACAAUACGACGGCAUCGUCGUAAUCCUUUAUUAAAAGCUCGUAUUGGUCGACCAUCAUAUUUAACAAAUGAUGAAGAAAUGUAUUUUGUUUCACUAUUAAAAUUACUUCCUGACUAUGGUUUUCGUGCAUCACGUGAAGUUGUUUUACAAUUAGCAAAUGAUUAUUGUAAAUCUUUGGGUUUAUCUCAUCAACCAGGUGAAAAAUGGCUUCGACUAUUUAUGAUUAAAUAUACGAAUGAUAUUAAAUGGAAACGAGAACAAAAAAUGGAACGUGCACGUGCUGAAGCUUUUACUGAAGAAGUUCGUGUAGGAUGGUUUGGUGUUGUCAAAGAUGUCAUGAUGAAGUAUGAUCUAUUUGACAAACCUCAUCAAGUGUUUAAUAUUGAUGAAAGUGGUUUUAGUGAUAAAACCAAAGGUGAAUUGGUUAUUGUGAACGCAAAUCGUCGUCAUAUUUUCGAGUCUGAAGGUGGAUCUGGAAAAACGUUUUUUACAGUUUUAAUUGCAAUUAAUGCAGGUGGUCUUUUGCUUCCUCCAUUUGUUAUUUAUAGUGGACAGAACUUGGUGGAUAGCUGGUGUCAUGGAGGACCACCACAAACAACUUAUACUGUUACAGAUAAAAUCAUGAAAAAUUAUUUUAAAGAAGGGAACAAAUCUUUAAGAAAAGCUGAUUUUCCACGUCUUCUUAAAAAACUAUUCGUCGAUAAGAAUGCAUUUUCUGCAUCUCGAAUAGUCUCAUCGUUUACUCGUUCAGGAAUAUGGCCUUUUGACGAGCAUGCGAUGAAGGAGAAGGUUGUUCGUAAAUAUAACACUUCUUCAAAUGCAACUUCCAACGAUGAUGAGAAUAAAAUUCCUUCAAAUUUUCUUAUCUCUCCACCUCGAUCGAUCAAUUCAACUUCUUGCAAUUCUUUUCCUUUAUCUUCUUCUAAUUCUUUUCCUUUAUCUUCUUCUAAUUCUUUUCCAUCUACUACUUCAACUUCUUCCAAUUCUUUUCCUUCUACUUGUUCAAACUGUUGCAUUAAACAACAACAACAACAACAAUCACCAACUACUUCACAAUCAGUAUUAGUUUCAUUAACUAAUAAUUCAACGUUUGUUUCGUCAAAUAAUAAUCCAUCAUUUGUUACAUCCAAUCAAUCAGUUACAUAUAAUUCACCUGCACCAGUUAAUCAAACAAUAGUUGAUGGUAAUAUCGUAUUACCAUCAGAUAUAACUUCGUACAUCGAUCUUCAACAACAUUCAUUUAGUCUAAUUUCUCAAAUACCAUCAUCAACACCACCACAACAAACAACGUUGAUUGACGAAGAAGAAAAAGAUAAAAAUGGACGAGAUUCAAUGAAUACAUCUUUGGAUGAUAACGUUUCAUCAACUCCAAUUGUUGCUGUUCGUGAUGUGAUCAAUAAUCUUUUAUCUCAACGUGAUGCUAAAUUAUCUAUGUCUCAGUCGUCGUCGAAUCGUUCACGUGGUAAACGACUACAGAACAAGAUCGGCCUCAAUAUCACAGACAGUGAAUAUGUUCUGUCGACAUUGACACAAAAAGAAGAAAAACAAAAACAAAUUCGUACACGUAAACCACGUGUAGCAAAAGAUAAAACGAAAAAAUCUCGAAAAACAGCAACAACAAAAAAAACAACUACAUCAACAGCAACAGAAACAACAUCCACAAACACAAAUAAAGAAAACGGUCUUAAAGACCCUCAUAUUGCAGCUGCAAUUCAACGUCUUGAGAGUGUGAUUGAAUUUACUCAAUCAACAAUUGAUAAUGACACUUUAGAUCUAGAAUUGUGA